GGUUUCUAGUACUGACUGAAGUCCUUGUCAGAACAUUCAGUCACAGCGAGCCCUCCAGUGUUUAAGAGCAGUUAGAACAGAAAGUAAAGCACCUGUCUGAGAGGCUGAGUGAGACAGUCAGCAACACGGAGGGAAAGAGAGAGCAAAAGAGGACAGGAAUUUAAUUUUGCUUCUCUUUGGAAGUUAAAGUCAUCAAUCCAUUUUUUUUUACGUGUGUGAAACUGAUGUGGGAAACUGCACAGGAGAAAUGACAGGAGAUGUGUUCUAAAAGUUAGACUGCAGAAGGAACUCUCUCAAACUGACUUGACUGCUGCAGGAAUAUGACUAUAGAGUGACGCCAGCAGGAUGCAGAAACUCUCGGCAUCCACUGUGGAGGAUGAAAGGACGUCGGGGGCCAGGUUGUUUUGAAAGCAACUUAUGCACUGGCGAGUAGAUGGGAAAUUGCAAUCUUCCCAUUUUGGAUAAAGACAAGCUGGUUCCGUUGCUGCCACACACUGUUGCCAUUUUUAUCUGUGCUCUGAUGCAGACAGCAGUUCCUUCCUCUUCCUCCCUUGUUUUUGUGACACUUGGUGAGGCACCAUUUCCACAAUACUCUGAAGUGGUCCAGGCAGCUGUGAUUCUCCCAGAUGCCCUUGGACAUGCAAGACAGCUUUACAGAUAAAACUUCCUGUAUAUUCACUUUGGAAAAGGUGUAUGGAAAGGCACAGGUAAAGACAGCUUAUUUUUAACCAGCGUACUGCCUCAGACUUUCUCAACGCUGGUGCACAUCAAAGCACUGAUAUUCAAGGUCCAGAGUUUGUACUGUAUGACUGGAGAGGUUUAGUCUAUUACUCAGAUGGAGACGAGUACUGUGCAUGUGUUUUAAGUACCACAGCUUUCUCUUAGUCACAGUUGUCUCAAAGGAAACCGCAUAACCUUCAGGACAAUGAGGACUGAAGCCUUUCUCUUUUUUUUCCAGGCUGCCAGACACUGUAAUCCGGAUACUCUGAGCUGUAAAACUUCAAGUCAAAGGAUGAAAAUGGAUAUGGAUGAUGCAGAUAUGACCCUGUGGCGUGAGCAGGAAUUUGAAGAGAACUGUACUUAUAUUGUGAAUGAUCAUCCAUGGGACCCAAGUAUGGAUGGAAGUUGUAUUACCCAGGCAGAGGCAUCCUUACCAAGAAACUUGAUUUUCAAGUACACAGAUGACCGCAAAGAGAUCACUGGAGUAAUGAGCAAGGAAUACAUCCCAAAAGGAACACGUUUCGGUCCUCUCGUUGGCGAAGAGUAUACCACUGACUCAGUUCCCAAGAAUGCAAACAGAAAAUACUUCUGGAGGAUAUAUUCCCAAGGAGAGUUCCAUCACUUUAUUGAUGGCUUUAAUGAGGAAAAGAGUAAUUGGAUGCGUUAUGUGAACCCUGCGUGGUCAGUGCAGGAACAGAACCUGGCAGCCUGUCAGAAUGGGAUGAACAUCUACUUUUAUACUGUCAAGGCCAUUCCUGCCAAUGAGGAGUUGCUAGUGUGGUACUGUCGAGAUUUUGCAGACCGGCUCCACUAUCCUGCUACAGGAGAGCUGAUGAUGCUGCGUCUCAAACAAAGUCUGAUAGACAUAAAACAGAAUGGAACUGAGAAGGAGAACCUUCACCAAAAAAGUGCUCCAAAAAAGGAUUACAGUGUGAAAGAAAUCCUCAAGAAUGAAGACCAUGGAAACAAUCAAAAGAACUUAAUUACAAAUGGUAUAUCCCCAGAGUCAGAAGAGAAGGACUGCAGAAAGGUCUGUAGUUCAGAAAGGUCUUUUCAACCCCGUAUUGUGUACCCUGCCCGGCCUUCCAUUCCUGAGGAAUAUUUGAAAACCAGGCCAAUGCCUGGACUAGAACAGACUGCUUAUGUUGGUUAUUCACCUGUCCAGGCCUCUACAGUUCCAAGUCCAUCAUCAAGAAGCACUCCAGACCAAAGUUUAAAAAGUUCAAGUCCACUCAGCAGCCCAGGGACUACUAUCUCACCUCUUGCCUCUUCACCUCAGGAACAAAAUGGAUUCUUAAAUACAUUCAGUAGCAGAGAAAGUGUGAGACCUUACUCAGGGUAUGUACCGCCUAGCCAUCUCCAUUCAUCACUUUUACAUUCCUAUAACCCAGUCAGCUCUCCCCUUAAGUUUUGGUUUCCUCAUUAUCCAGUUGGAUGUAACAACAGCAUUAAUGGCUUUAAUGGGGUAAGCAUGUUCAAUGGCGUGAAUGGGAUCAGCAAUCUGAGCUUAUCACCAAGAUUUCCUCCAUUUUAUAGUAACCUUCUUUCUGGUAACAGCUUCCCACAACACUUGCUUAACCAAUCUCCACUUCCAAAUGCACUGGCUUCUGAAGGAGGCCAGAAGUUGCUGUAUCCUCAGCAGCCCAGGGACUUUCUCAUUCCAGCACCUAACAGUGCCUUUUCUAGCACAGGUGCUGCUGCUAGCCUAAAGGACAAGACUCCUAGCCCUACGAGUGGGUCACCAGCAGCAGGCACAGCACCAUUUUCUGAACAGUUGUUGCAACCCAAAACUACCUCAACAGUGCUGGCCAAUCACAGCGACGAUGUGGUCAAUCUUAGCAAAACCAAAAGGAAUAUGACUGGCUAUAAAACGCUUCCGUACCCUUUGAAAAAGCAGAAUGGAAAAAUCAAGUAUGAGUGCAAUGUCUGCUCCAAGACUUUUGGCCAGCUUUCAAAUCUAAAGGUCCACCUGAGAGUGCACAGUGGGGAACGACCUUUCAAAUGUCAGACUUGCAGUAAAGGUUUCACUCAGUUGGCACACCUACAGAAGCACUACCUUGUACAUACAGGGGAAAAACCUCACGAGUGUCAGGUUUGCCAUAAAAGAUUUAGCAGUACAAGUAACUUAAAGACGCAUCUGCGACUCCACUCCGGGGAGAAGCCUUAUCAGUGCAAGUUGUGUCCAGCAAAAUUUACCCAGUUUGUCCACCUCAAACUUCACAAGCGACUGCACACUCGUGAGCGCCCACAUAAAUGUCCCCACUGUCACAAGAGCUACAUCCAUCUCUGCAGCCUAAAGGUACACAUGAAUGGCAAUUGUCCAGCGAAUCCAGCAACUGGACGAUCACUGGAUGAUCUGAACCGCAUCAAUGAAGAAAUUGAGAAGUUUGAUAUCAGUGACGGUGCUGAUCAACUGGAAGACGUUGACGACGAUAUUGAUGUCGCUUCUGCUGUGGAGAAACAGAUGCUGGAUAUGCUUAGGAGGGAAAUGGAAGAAGCUACUUAUAAAGCUUCUUUACACAGGAACCUAGGGAGUGGACUUCUUUCUUCAGCGUGCAGCCUUUAUGAACACACAGAUACGUCAGUUGUAAAGUUGUCACACAGCAGCUCACUACCUCUGUUACCAGUAAAGGUCAAGCAGGAAACAGUUGAACACAUGCACCCUUAAAACUUCAAAAGUAAAUGGAAAUAUAAUAUUUAUAACUCUAAAAGUCAAGGUGCCUGUAGCACUAACUUUUGCAUAGUCUGAAGCUACCUUGCAUUCUUGGCUGAUAUUAGUACUACCCCAUUUGAGAGGGGGAUCUUCUGAAUUCUCAGGGUCUGGAAGAGGCAAAGACUGCUAUUAAUUAAAUUAAAAAAGACAAUCGUAUGUUCAUAAUUAUUUUUUCAAUAAUUGUACUUCAUAAUUUAUUAUGCAAUUUUUCCUAUUUCGAGCAAUAAUUGGAAAAUAAUGUUUACAAUGACUGGAUAAUUCAUUGUAAUUUGAAUUCAAGCAUAUGUUUCAUUUUCUAUGUGGCCAUUCUUUUGUAGAUAUGAUUUCUGCAGAUCUUUUUUAAAUUAAGAACCUAAGAGAUGAAAAAAUGAAACUGUUACUUGGAUGAGAAAUUGUCUGUGUAGCAAUAUUCAGGGUUUUACAAAAAAGGUUUUGUAUUGCCAAAGGUGGACAUUUAGACAUGUUGAAUCACAAAGUCACAAUGUAUACAAUACUUUGUUGUGUUUCCCCUUGUGCUUUGUAUUUUUCCUCAGUAUUUGUGUUUGUACAGGUUUGUGGUUAAUUUAAUUGAAGAUGAAAGGGCAUUGCAAAGUUUUUCAACAACGUUUACCUCAGUGUGUGUCCAGUGGUGCAGGAAAGACUGCAUUAUAAAAUGCUUUAUGGCUCUUGAAGCAUGAACCAAAUGUGUGUGCAAACAAAAAAGCACCUGCACAGUUGUUGCUUAGCCCAAAGAUGAUUUAUUGCUGUUUUUAGGUGUAGCACAUAAUUUAAAUAUCUCUAACUGUAAGAUAUUAAUCUGGGUAGAUGAAUGAUUAGUGCUGUCUAUUGCAGCCAAAAUCAGAUGCGUAUUAUUCCAGUAUCAAAUGAAGCUGUGCUGUCAGCAAGUGUUUGGUACAACCCUUUGUAUGCAGAGAAUUGCUGUUUAUAUUAACAGCAGACUGUCAUAAACUUUUCUACGAGCAGUGGUUUGGUUUCAGUACAUGUUACUAAUGGACAUUGCUUACUACGUAGGACAAACCAAAGCAUCACUACUCUUAUCACUGGACACACCUUCUUACAUUUUUGCUUGUAUUGCUUCUUUUUGUUGUUUUUUAUUGUUAUUGUUGCAUUUGAUACAAAUGUACCAAAGCAGCAGGCCUCAGCUUUAAGAAUUCUAGAGCUGCAAGUUGACUGGAUUUCUGUUUUGUUUUUUAUACCCAUUUUCAAGUGAAUGUAGCAAAACUGUCAACAGCUGUUUUUUUGCAUCUCUUUACCAAAGUUAACAGGCUUGUACUUUUCCUUGCUAGAGAAACAAAACGCAUCUUAUGUUUACAUACUGGUUUACAUUGUUAUUUAUGUGCUAUUUGUCAAAAAAUGUAAAUUAAACGUAAAUGUUCAUCACUCUUUAUA